AUGGCGCUGUGGCAUGUUAACAUCACCGAUCUCAGCAAACUGAACGUGAACCUAGAAGAUCUUCUGGCAAUUUCGGACGGACUCGCCUGUCAAGAUAAAUUCAACAACAUUGCUCAUGACAACCUGAGCUGUGCGAGUGCGUGGGACAGUAUCUACUGUUGGCCCAGCAUCCCGGCCGGACACACCAUCUUCCUGCCGUGUCCGCAUCACAAGGGCUUCGACAGCUCAAAAAUUUUAGCCCAUCGAACAUGUGACGAGGACGGAGAAUGGCACAUGGGCAACUGGACAAACUACACAGCCUGUCUCCAGUACCCGAUCAAACCGGAUGCAGCGAUACUACUGGCAGUGAGAGACAUCUAUGUGGUUGGUUCCAGUCUGUCACUGUUGACUCUUUGCGCCACUCUCUUCAUCUUCUGCUACUUUCGGCGAUUACAGUGCGACCGCAUCAGAAUACACAAGCACCUUGUCUUGUCACUCAUUCUCAGAGCCAUCAUCCUCAUCGUUCUGCUGCAACCAUUCCUCGACAUCUCUGGCAGUUAUGAGUACAUGAACGAGCCCGCAGUGUGCCGCGGCCUGGUCGUCCUGCUGCAGUACUUCGGCCUGACGAACAUCUUCUGGAUGCUGAUAGAGGGGCUGUUCCUGUACGUGCGCUGUGUGGUGGCCGUCAUGAGACACAUCUCCAGUCUCACAGCCUUCUACGUCAUCGGCUGGGGUGUUCCCGCGAUAUUUGUCGCUGUGUGGACUGUCGUGAUGAGUCUGUACGACACGGAGCCGUGCUGGCACCACUACGGCCGCCUGCCGUACGUCUGGAUCGUCUCCGGACCAACCGUCGCAGCCCUUCUGGUGAACCUGUACUUCCUGUUCCACAUCCUGGCUGUCCUGGUGACGAAGAUCAAGGAUGACCAGAAGACCCCUCACGCCAGCGAGCCGUGGUGCGAGCUGACCCUGGGCUUCAAACUGGACCUAAAGGACGGAACCACCAACAUGGCGGCCGCUGCAGUACCAAAGAAACCUGGGGAACUGGAGAGAAUGAGGAAGGCUCUGCGAGCGAUGUUCGUGCUGCUGCCACUGCUGGGCCUGACUAACCUGCUGUUCUUCGUGGAUCCGCAAGAUGACGGUGUUGGACAGCACAUCUUCCAGAUCUUCAACGCCUUGUUGCAGUCAACGCAGGUGAAGUCGGUCAUCAGAGAUCGGGUGAACCGCCAGAAGCCCCCAUUGGUCAACAAGACGGUUCUCUCAACCAAUGGCUGCACUCGGCGAAGCGCCCCGUCAACCACCUACACAACAGCUGCGCGAGACCACGAGCCCCGGAUACAGCAGUGA